AUGUCUUCAGGUAAUUUCGCAAGACAGGUGCUUACGGGGCCUGGCCUCGUUGAUUCUCUGAGCAACCUCAUUAUUCGACCACCUCGUGAUGAAUACACAGAUAAUGAUCUGAAACAAGAGAUAUUAAAAUUUAAUGAUAAUCCUGACAACAUUUUUUUUAGGCAUGAUAUAGAGCUCCAAAACAUGCGCGGUUUGACCAUACAGUGCUCUUGGUAUAAGCCUGUUAUGCUUGAUGAACAUGGCUCACCUAAAGCUAAGCGGCGACCCUGUGUAAUCUACUGUCACGGCAACCGCGGCAACCGUCUUAAUGCUUUAGAAGCAAUAAAUGUGCUGGAGAGCGGCUUCACUCUUUUCGCAUUCGACUUCUGCGGCUGCGGCAAAUCAGAUGGGGAAUACAUUUCCUUGGGCCAUUAUGAAAGACAGGACCUGGCCGCGGUAGUGGAAUACCUUCGAAAGCAGGUCGAAGAGGUGAGCAGCAUCGCCAUCUGGGGUCGCAGUAUGGGGGCUGUGACCGCCAUCAUGUACGCAGCCAGGGACCCUUCUAUCAACUGUAUCGUGUGUGACUCCCCCUUUUCUUCACUGAAGGAGCUCAUUGACGAUCUUGUGAUCCAGUACACUGCGCCGGCUUUAUCAUGGGUUUCAAACUUCAUUGUGAGUAAUACUGUCAAAGUAAUUCGCAGGAACAUCGUCAAGCGUGCCAUGUUUGAUAUCGAUGACAUUGACACGGUCAAGUUUGCUCGGGACUGUAAAGUUCCGACGAUGCUUAUACACGGCGAGGACGAUGACUUUGUUCUCCCAGAGCACUCCAAGAGGGUAUAUGAUGCUUUUAAAGGAUUAUGUAUCCGUAUGUUAGAUCAAGGUGGGCACAAUGAUGAACGUGCUCUAGAAAUUUACAAGAAAAUUCUAGACUUUAUCACUCAAAACACCAGAAAUGAAGUGAAACGAGAAGGUGAUGAACCGUGUGAGGAUUCCGAUAUUAAAGUCCCUCCAAUCCUCACGACGAUUGCCGAGAGCUGA